CUCGAACUUCACCGGUUCACGGUCGUUCAGUUGAAUAGAUGAAUUUUAUUAUUUGUUAUUGAUUGUUUGUUGAAAUUAUGAUCGCCUGAAAGUUUAAUUUAGUCUUUUUAUCAUUUGCAGAAGAUUAUGGACGAAUAAUACGUUUUGAUGCUUCCUAAUAUUGAUAUGUAUAAUUUUGAAUGACUUAUCAAAGUUUUAAGUACUUUUCUGUAGAUUUUCUAUGUUCGUAGGCUUAUCAGAAAUUGAGAAGACUUAUAACUAUUGUCCAUAAUUAUAACCAACUUUCAAUAAAUAUAAUUUUUAUGAAGUUUUAUUCUGUCAAAUUAUAGUUAUUUUACUUUCAAAUAUUGCUUCAUAUAAGGAGUCUGAAUUACCAUAAUAGACUUACCAAUAAAUACUUAUGCAAUACUGUGAAUAUAAAAGUAUCUUCCUUUAAAAGUUCAACUUGUUAGGAAACCUGAAGGUCAUUCAGAUCAAUAGACCUUUUGACUAUCAUUCUCUUUAAGUUGUUCUUCCUGUAGUUAUCGAGUUUUACUCUUCCAAAUUUAAAAUGAAUGAUAAACAGAGUCCUAUUAAAUAUUUUAUAUCAGGUGGUUUUGGUGGGAUAUGUACUGUUUUAGCAGGACACCCAUUAGAUACAAUUAAAGUUAGACUUCAAACGAUGCCAACUGCUGUAUCAAAUCAGACUCCAUUGUAUGAAGGAACGUGGGAUUGUGCUAAAAAAACAAUUAAAUUAGAAGGUGUGAAAGGACUGUACAAAGGUAUGGGUGCACCACUGGCCGGAGUCGCUCCAAUUUUUGCUAUAAGUUUUCUCGGUUUUGGUGUAGGGAAAAAAUUGUUCAAUUGUGAUGAUAAUAAUCAAUCGUUAAGUAAGUUAUUUGUAGCUGGAGCUUUUUCAGGCAUAUUCACGACUGCUAUUAUGGCUCCGGGAGAACGAAUCAAAUGUCUACUCCAAAUCCAGCAUGGUCAGGAGAAACCAAAAUAUUCUGGUCCAGUUGAUGUCGUUAAAAAGUUAUACAAAGAAGGAGGUAUCAGGAGUAUUUACAAAGGGACUGUUGCAACUCUGUUGAGAGAUGUACCAGCAAGUGGUAUGUAUUUCAUGACUUAUGAGUGGUUGCAGAAUAAAUUACGUACGGUUGGAGGUGAAAGCACAGAGCUGGGACUUUUAAAGACGAUAUUUGCUGGCGGUAUGGCUGGUAUCAUGAAUUGGGUAGUGGGUAUGCCUGCAGAUGUGAUUAAAAGUAGGUUUCAAACUGCACCUGAGGGAACCUACAGAGGUAUUGGACAUGUAUUUUCAGUUCUCAUUAAAGAAGAAGGAGUCUUAGCACUUUAUAAAGGGGUGACUCCUGUCAUGCUUAGAGCUUUCCCUGCAAAUGCAGCCUGUUUCAUGGGAUUUGAAGCUAGCAUGAAAGCUCUUAACAUUGUGGCUCCAAGUUUGUAAUAAGUAUUAUAAGAUAUUAUGUGAUAUUUAUAUAAAUGCAUAGAUAUUUUUAUAAUUUUUGAAAUCAAGCUUACAAAUAUUUAUGAAGAAAUAUUUUAUGGAUCAUUGUAUUCUAACUGCUCAGUGCUGAUUUUUUAAUAUUUAAGAUCAGUAUUUUCUGUUUCUAUUUUUAAAUAUUAUUAAUUUUUAAUAAAAAUAAACGUGUUCGUCAG